UUUAGGUGAAUACAUUAAAGAUGGAGAAGUGAUGUGAAAAUAGGUUUCUUCCUAAAAUUUAGCACAAAAGUAAACAAAUUAAUUGAAAUUAUAGCAAAAAAAUUGUAAAAUUUUAAAUAGUAAAAGCCACUUCAACCGUGUGAGUCUCUAAACCCCGCGCGAGAGUGUUAUGGUCAUGGGUGAGAACAUUAUGGACGAAUUAGCAUCACUGAUACGCACGGAAAUCCCAGAUGGACGUCAAAGCCUACGCGAUAGUUAUACCAACCUGGAAAGGGUGGCUGACUAUUGUGAGGACACCUAUUAUAGAGCCGACAAUAAAAAGGCCGCCCUGGAGGCUACCAAGAACUAUACAACGCAAUCGUUGGCCAGUGUUGCUUAUCAAAUAAACACCCUGGCCUAUAGUUAUAUGCAGUUGUUGGAACUGCAAGCACAGCAAUUAAGUGAAAUGGAGUCGCAAAUGAAUCAUAUCGCUCAAACGGUGCAGAUACACAAGGAAAAAGUUGCCAGGAGAGAAAUUGGUGUUCUUACGGCAAAUAAAGUGAGCACCCGACAAUUUAAGAUUGUCGCACCCAUCAAUCCGGAAAAACCAAUUAAGUAUGUGCGUAAAGGCAUUGAUUAUUCAAUACUCGACGAUAUUGGUCAUAGUGUGAAUACCAAUCAAAAUAAUCGCAAUCAAAAGCAUCGUGGUUCUUCCCAUGGAUCCGUACAAUCACUGGCCCAGCCAUCUGCGGUGGGACCACCACCCACAACCAAACCGCCAACUCCACCUCAAAUGUCACGUGGAAAUACUGGCACUUUGGGUAAAUCGUCGGUCAGCAAUACUGGUACUUUGGGUAAAAGUUCUCGAGAAUAUCGUACCCCACCCGUGGUCAAUCCACCACAAGUACCUUCUCAUUAUGCUCCCAAUUAUCCCAUAGGACAUCCAAAGCGUUUGUCCACAGCUUCUUCGAGUACAACGGCAACCGGUGUUAGCAGUACCGGCAUUGGCGGAUCGACGAACAAUGAACGUGCUGCUGGAUACAGCGCUCUUCCAAUGCCACCAAGCCAACAAAUAGCUACACAUGUCAAUUUGCCUUCAGCUGGCAUGAUGCAAUCUUUACCGCCACCACUAACGACAACCUAUGAUGAUCGUAACAGUAUGCCACCACCACCUUCUCCACUGACGGUUUCACAACAUGAAAUAACUGAACAAAGUCACAUUGGUAUGCAUACAUUGGGCCGAAAUCAUAAUAGAAAUGGCAACAGGAACCAUUUCAGUUUGAAUUUCGCUAGACCAGGCUCUCAGUCACCACCAUUGCCACCACCACCUCCACCGGAGGAGGAACAUCAGGACUUUGGUAGACCUCGCAAUUCAGCUGGGCAAGGACAAUUGGCUCCAAUUGUACCCGAUGAUCAGAAUCUGCCGGGUUGGGUGCCCAAGAACUAUAUUGAAAAAGUUGUUGCAAUUUAUGAUUACUAUGCUGAUAAAGAUGAUGAGCUAAGCUUCCAGGAGAGCUCAGUAUUAUAUGUUCUUAAAAAGAACGAUGAUGGUUGGUGGGAGGGUGUUAUGGAUGGCGUUACCGGUCUAUUUCCAGGCAAUUAUGUAGAACCAUGUGUUUAAGCGAAACAAAAACGAACCUCUUGCAAUGUUCCCCAUUCAAACAAACACAAAGACAAGAUAAUGGCAUUUUU